AAUUGAAGAACAAAAGUACAGUGUGACCCUUGUCUCACUCGCGCCCCAUCAAGUAGCUACAAGCCAAAUGGUUUAAGAAACAGAUACACUGGAGAGGGUUAGCUACUUGAUAGUCCACCACUGCCCUAUAAAUUAAUGUACAGAGGAUUUGCAAGCACUUCCAUAACUAGAGCUAUUGACACAGGGAGACGGAGUGUCUUGAGCAGCAACAAACAGCAAAAUGAUGAUCAAUGAUACAGUGCCAACAUCAGGGGAAGGCCCCAGCAACCGCAUACCCUCUGUUGGCAAACCACAGCCAUGCAAUGAGCAACCAACUCACCAGAAAUCUGGAUGGAGAAAAUUUAUAUCUUAUGUAGGACCUGGUUUCCUUGUUUCUCUGGCUUAUCUUGACCCUGGCAACUUGGAAACUGAUCUACAAGCAGGAGCGAACCAUAAAUAUGAGCUUCUGUGGGUCAUACUUAUUGCACUCAUUUUUGCUCUCAUUAUCCAGUCGCUCGCUGCAAAUCUUGGUGUAAGCACCGGAAAGCAUCUUUCAGAGCUAUGCAAGGCUGAAUACCCAAAACAUGUCAAGUAUUGCCUGUGGUUGCUGGCUGAGAUAGCAGUCAUUGCUGCUGAUAUACCAGAAGUGAUUGGGACAGCUUUUGCACUAAAUAUAUUGUUCCACAUCCCACUGUGGGUUGGAGUUCUCUGCACUGGUCUUAGCACUCUCAUCCUUCUUGGCCUACAGAAAUAUGGGGUAAGGAAACUUGAAAUGUUAAUAGCAGUGUUGGUCUUUGUGAUGGCCGCAUGUUUCUUUGCUGAAAUGAGUCACGUACAGCCUCCUGCAUCGGGUGUCAUCAAGGGCAUGUUCGUCCCCAAGCUGUCUGGCCAGGGAGCCACCGGUGAUGCCAUUGCCCUACUUGGCGCCCUUGUCAUGCCGCACAACCUCUUUCUCCACUCUGCCCUUGUGCUGUCUAGAAAAGUACCCAAUUCUAUCCAUGGAGCUAAUGAUGCCUGUCGCUAUUUCCUUGUAGAAAGUGGAUUUGCAUUGUUCAUAGCAUUUUUAAUCAAUGUUGCUGUUGUUUCUGUAUCGGGGACGGUUUGCUCAGCUCAUACGCUAUCCCACAAGAAUGAAGAUCAAUGCCGUGAUCUAACCCUUAACUCUGCCUCUUUCCUUCUCCAGAAUGUGCUGGGAAAAUCAAGCUCUAUCUUAUAUGCUAUUGCCCUAUUAGCUUCAGGGCAAAGCUCCACUAUAUCAGGAACUUAUGCUGGACAAUAUAUCAUGCAGGGUUUCUUAGAUAUUAAGAUGAGAAAAUGGAUAAGAAACUUAAUGACUAGGUGCAUUGCCAUUACACCUAGUCUUAUUGCCUCAAUUAUUGGUGGAUCACAGGGAGCAGGUCAUCUAAUCAUCAUUGCAUCGAUGAUACUCUCAUUUGAACUUCCAUUUGCUCUUAUCCCACUUCUCAAAUUUAGUAGCAGCUCCAUAAAGAUGGGUCCACACAAGAACUCAAUUUUUGUGAUUGUAUUCUCGUGGAUUUUGGGUCUGGGAAUCAUUGGCAUAAACAUUUAUUACCUAAGCACAGGCUUUGUGGGUUGGCUAAUUGACAAUGAUCUACCAAAAGUUGGGAAGCUGUUGAUUGGGAUCGCAGUUUUUCCUCUAAUGAUAAUAUAUCUCCUUGCAGUCAUCUUUCUAGCUAUUAGAAAAGACACUGUUGUGACAUUUAUCGAGCCAGUGAAGGAUGACCCGACAACAGUCCAACCUAACAUGGAACAAGGGGUACGCAAAUCUAAUGAGGCAUCAGAGAUGGACCGUUUUGCCUUAUUAUAGAGUCUGAUAUCCCACUGCCAGAAUAAGUGGCCUUAGAACCAUAACUAGCCAUGGUUCAAAGUACGAAGAAGGAAAAAAAAUAAUACUAAUAUAGUAGAUAAGAUUGUCCUACUAUUGCCCCUUCUCACAAGAAUUUCCUUCUAUAUAUAUAUAUAUAUAUAUUGUAUGAAUGAUAAGCUAACAAGUUAAUAUAAGUGGCCAAAUCAUACUACAUGUCUUAUUCAA